GUCCAGCAUUCCAGUCUCGUUGCCACUUCAGGUCGUCGGUCGUCCUGGGGUCCAGUCCGCUUCAUCCCUGUCUAAUCGGUACUCCAAGCAGUCAGCUCCUGGACCCCAUCUACUCAUGUCCGUGUGAAUUAUCGUCGAGGAUAUUCUGCCCUUGCCAAGGUGCCAGGGCAAUCAUGGGCAUCAAAGGACUACAUGGUCUUCUCAAAUCGAUCCAGAAGCCUUGCCAUCUGAAGAAGUUUAGCGGGCAAGCUCUUGGGGUGGAUGCGUACGGAUGGCUACAUCGCGGCACGGUCGCUUGCGCGGUCGAUCUCGUCCUUGAUAGGCCUACAACAAAGCACAUUGACUUCGUCCUCAACCGAGUUCGCAUGUUACUCUACUUCGGCGUGAUCCCGUAUCUCGUUUUCGAUGGAGAUGACUUGCCUAGCAAGGCUGGAACAGAGUGUGAUCGUCAGCAGAGACGUCAGCAGAGUAAGGCUCUUGGGCUGGAGCUUCAACGGAAGGGGCGAAUCGCGGAAGCCUACCAGGAACUCCAGAAGGCCGUGGAUGUGACUCCGCUGAUGGCCCGUCAAUUGAUCGAGGAGCUCAAAAAGUUGAACGUCCAGUACGUUGUGGCGCCAUAUGAGGCGGAUGCUCAGCUCGUCUACCUUGAACGCCAGGGGGUAAUCAGUGGUAUCAUAUCGGAGGACUCCGAUAUGCUUGUGUUUGGCGCAAGAAGACUGCUAUCCAAAUUGGACCAGCACGGGGAUUGUAUCGAAAUCAACCGGGCCGACUUCACUGCGUGCCGAGAGGUUAGCUUGAUAGGAUGGACGGAUGCCGACUUCCGGCGGAUGUGUAUCCUCAGCGGAUGCGAUUACUUGGCCAAUAUCCCGAAGCUCGGUCUGAAGACUGCCUACCGAAGCAUUCGCAAAUACAAGAACGUGGACAAGGCGCUGCGUGCGCUUCAAUUCGAAAGCCAAUAUCAUGUUCCGACUGAUUAUCUCCGAAACUUCAGGCAGGCGGAGCUAACAUUCCUGUACCAGCGAGUAUUCUGUCCAAAUGCCGCGAAACUAGUCACACUAACCGCGCCUGCCGACAAUAUCAAUCUGGACGAACUGCCGUACAUCGGAGCUGAUAUGGACCCCGAGGUCGCGAGAGGGGUCUCUUCUGGCGAAUUGCAUCCCACGACCAAAGAGCCUCUUGUCCUCAAGACACUUUCGCCAAGCAAGCUGGCUGAACGCAAGCUGGCUAUGGGCGUCAAUCGCCGGCAGACGCUGGGAUCGUCGGCCGAAUUGAAACCGAAUAAACCCAUCAGUUCAUUCUUCACACCGAAGCGCACGCCACUGGCUGAGCUUGAUCCCAAUACUAUGUCUCCGUCCCCAAGCCAGCAGCGGCUUCUGCAACGCCAUGCGAACAGCUCCUGGGACAGUAGUCCUGCGACGGCUGGCCUGGGCGUCCCCCGGUCCGCUCCAUCCAUGGCACAAUCCCGCCGCGUGUCCAGCCCCCUUGUGCGAAGUGUCGAGCGGAACAAUUUCUUGGCCCAUGCCUCCCAGUCAACAUCCUUACAGUCGGUAAAACGACAGCGGCUUUGCUCUGAAACGGAAGAUAAGGCCCAGUCCGAUCGAGUCGGUUCGCGCAGCCGAUUCUUUGGGGACGAAGUCAGUCCCAGUGGGCAGAAAGUCACUCGAACGAAGAAAGCAAGAAAGUCUACGCUGGAUGUGUUUUCUGAUGACAUGGCUGAAGAUAUCAUGUCCCAGAUUCCGGACCCAUCCCAGGCUUCGACUGAAUCAAAGGGAGCCCCGUCCGGCAACCCUGAUAAUUCCAAUAGUCAAAGCCCGGGAAGUUUACAAGAUUCGAAGGCCCCGGAGGAACAGGAAGACGCGGCGGAGACGCCCGGCGAACAGCAAGUCACCGCCAUCCCGCCAAAGGAAUCCGUAAGCAUCGACAGCAACCCCAAGCUUUUUCACCAAGUACUGGAUUAUCAUGUGGAGAAGCAAAACUCUACGUUGCUAUCCAAAUAUACCUUCCAGCCUCAUGGGAAACAGGGCUCAGACAGGGCCAGCAAGCGCAAGGAUAGUGACACGCCGGGCCCGCGAAGUAUGACCCCUACAGGUCUUCGAGGGCCUGCAGCUGGAGGGACCGGACCCCCCCCUCGGCUCACCCCGCUACAGCGCCUGGGUCACAAUGCUCUCGCUCGAUCACGCUCGCUGAACAGCUUGCCACCUCGUGCGGCGAAAACACCUCCCGCUUCCAGGAAUAUCGUGGACCAGCCUAUCCAGAGCCAAGGGAGUGAAGAUAUGAUCAUUCCGGAUAGUGAAGAAGAACCUGACGAAGUUGACGGCGGCGAGCGGGAAUCAACUGCUUUCGAUCUGAAGCGCUUCUCCUUUACGAGCAAAUAGCUCGAGGUCCCCCGAUGCAUUACUAGGCACUGGAUGCUGGGCAACUCCAGCUGUCUCGGCGUUGGUAUAUCUUCCUGUCUGUUUUUGUUAUUGAAUUGGGCAUCGUUCUUGAUAUAUGGCAUGGUAGGAUACAUAUUGGGAGCCCAAUAUUGGGAGCCAACAUACGUUGUAUACACUAUUUUGGACGCAUCGUGUGGCGACAUGGAGCCAGCUGUUCGUCUGGAUACACUAUAUACUAGGAUAUAAAUAUCACA